AUGACAACCGAAAAUACCAAUUUAAAAACACAAAUAGAUGGGUUAAAAUCAUCAGUAUCUGAUUUAUUGUUUAAAGGAGAAGAAAGAGACAAAGAGAUGAAAAAACUUCAUGACAAAAUCAAUGCUUUUACAGUAGGAAAUCCUUUUUAUAGAAAUAAUUUAUAUGAUAAAAAUAAACCUAAAACAGAAGAAGAAAAACAAUUAAUUGCAUAUGCACGUUCUUCAUUAAUGGCAAAUUAUUAUCUUGGAAAUAUAUUAUUACCCCAACUCAAAUCGAAAUUCAAAACAGAACAGACCGCAAAAUUGUUCAAAUGGAACAGAUUCAAACACGAGUUCAAUAAACACUCAAAGUUUGUUGAGUUUGCCAAAACAAACCACCAAAUAGAUCUCGAGGAAAUAAGAAAAUUAAAAGAUGAACGUAAUACUAUAAUACAUGAUGGUGAAGAUGAGGCAUCUAUUAAUGAUAUUGUGGUUAUAGUACAACAAUAUAAAGGCUCUUUACCAAAACAUUUAAAUGUUAUAGAUAAGAUGUUAGAUGAAGUUAAAAUUGAUAUUAAUAAUGUUUGUGCUGUUUGA